AUGGCACAAGCUGCUCACUUGAAAUCUCGAACAAUUAGGAGGGAGAUGGAUACCAUGAAUGGGCGGCUGAGUGUGUAUAUGGGUCGGAUGGAUGGCAUCCAACUCCGAUUGAAUGAGACUUGGGAGCGCACAGGCCACACGGAGACAAACAUUAGCGAAUUCCAAGCUGAGAUAGCACAACAGUCUGCGAUGAUGAGAGAGAUCUUAGCGCAUCCUAGUGUAUUCAAUCAAUGGGUUAGUGAUAUGGAUCGCUUCUUUGCCUGGUAUGGGGUCCCUAAAGAUCGGAGGGUACAAUUUGCCAGUUUGAAAUUAACUGGCACUGCUCAACUCUUUUGGGAAAAUGUCGAGGACCUCCUAGAGAGGCGCCAUGCUCCCCCUGUUGGGAGUUGGGACGAAAUGAAGAGUCGCCUUCAAGAAAAAUAUCUACCUCAAUCUUACAGGGGUAACUUGCUGGAUCAAUGGAAUACACUUACGCAAGGCAGUCGACCUGUGACCGAAUACGUUUCUCAGUUUGAUGAGUUUCGAAUGAAACGUCAAGUCGUUGAGGAUGAGGCCAUGACUUGGAGUAGGUUAAGGCAAGGCCAAAGGGAUGAUCUUAGACGUGAGCUUAUCCUUAGAGGCGUCACCACUCUUGACCACCCCUACUCUUUCGUUCGGGAUUAUGAGUUAGAGACUAGGACACCGAAUAGAAAUCGUAGUGACUCCCGCACCACAACCUCUUCUGCAUCCACUCCAUCCCCUAAGUCUAUUUUAGGACCUCCUCCUUCUAAUACUACCCUCACAUUGGAUAGUAAAGGUCGAGGUUCUGAGCUUUCAAGAACGUCCUCCCGUUUGCAAUGCUUUAACUGCAAGGGUUUUGGUCACAUUUCUUCUAAGUGUCCUAGCCGAGCCCUAGUUAUGGAAGAGCAUGAAGGUAUAGUCGACGAGCCACUUGAGGACCAGGUUUAUGAGCCUAAGUUAGAAGAGUUUGAUGUCUUGGAGGAUAGUGAAGAUACCUUCUUAGGUUGUAUUCAAGCUAGUCCCCUUAUUCCCCCAUACGCCUAG